CCUUGUGACAAUAAAUCAAACGACGGUCACGUGGUCUGUUUACGUGGAUGUAUGUGAAUGAAUAAAUGUUUGAAUAAAUGGGAACAUCUUCACUUAUCUGUAAAUGCUGUUUAUAAAUGUCUUAAGGAUAUUGAUAUAUUAUGGGUGUUGAAUGAAAUGUUUAAGAUAUUUGAUAAAAGCAGUGGAUUAAUUAGACAGCGUGACGUUAGCAUGGUAGUAUGAGUGGAGAAGUGACAGGGGAUCAUGGAAAUAAAACUGAUUCUGGUAUUAUAAAAACGUUUCUAGAUACAGAUGGCAAAAUGAGUUUAUUUUAUCUGGUGGCAUGUGUUACAGGAAUAUUUUUCCUCCUACUGUUAUGUGUAGUGGUCAUGUUAAUCAAAAACCGUCACAAAAACAGGACACCUUCUAGCUUGUUCCUCGCGGAGAUGCAUAAUGGAAGGUCCACGUGCAAGUCCGCACCACUUUCAAGAAUACAGUCUCCUGUGAGGGAGAAGCGGAAAUCAUGUCCUAAUGCAUAUGGUUCUGUGGAUGAAGCUAUCGUAAGGUCAAGUACGUUCGAUAAUCUACCAAAUAUGGAAACUGAAUGGGUCCAGCCCUCACCGGAAGGAGAUAAAUCAAAAAGUCUUACGGCAUUACAGUAUCAGGCUAACUUUCUUGGGACGCAUGCUCAAGUACCUUUUACUAGGACUGAGAGUGAAAAUGUGCUCCCGGGGAGCACUUACACAGAUCCCAGCGAGCAUGGCCGUAUAUGGUUUACUGUACUUUAUGACGCCACAUCUAGCAUUCUCUUAGUUACCAUCAUAAAGGUCAAAGAGUUACAAGGUCGAAAUAUGGAUGAAAAUUACAGGGAUCCAUUUGUCAAAGUUUUUCUUUUACCAGACGAAAAUAUCUGUCAUUCAACAAAAACUGUUAAGAAAACACUUAACCCAUCAUUUAACGAAACUUUUAGUUUCGAGGUGAAUCAAGAAGAUAUAGGGCAGCGGAGUCUUCGAUUUUCUGUAUAUGACGUAGACAGACGUCGAUUACGUCAUACACUCGGUCACGUGGUUGUACCACUCCAAGAUCUCAAUAUGGACUCAUCUGACAUAAUAUGUAAAGAUUUGGAGCAAGAAAUACAUUAUGGGUCAUCAUUAGGUGAUCUGAAUAUUGCGUUAACGUAUCUUCCACAUACAGAAAGAUUGAAAAUAGUUAUACUCAGGGCUAAAAAUAUCCGUCCAAAGCCCGAUCCUGAUACAGGUUUUUAUGUGCGUCUCCUGGUCUACUAUGGUCAACAAGUUAGUGAAAAACAAGCAUACACUUACCAGAUGGCAUUACGGAAGUCAACUUCAAUGAAAUCAUUUGCAUUUAGUACGACGAAUAAAAGCAUAGAAAAUUUCAAUUUUGUUGUAACUUUAGUGAAGACUAAACGGCAAGCAAUCGGAAGUGACGUCGAACUUGGUAGCGUGACUCUUGGAUCAUUCAU